AUUGUAGCUCUCUUUUUUUUCCUCCUAUCUUUUUUGCUUGCUUUUUAUUUUUUAUUUUAUUUUCAUUCAAUAUGCUUUAUGUACAAGAGUCUUUUGCUCAUAGCUCUAGUUUGUUAAUGAGUCCUCCAAUGACUAUAUCUCAACCUCAACCAUUGAGUCCUUCCUUGAAAAUGGUGGAUCAAUUGACAAGUAAAUAUGAAUCUGUUCAAAGAGAAUUGGCUGCUACUCAAAUACAGAUCGAAAGCGCUCGUCAAGUAAAACUCCAAUAUGAAAAAGAGGCAUCAAACUAUACAAAUAAUAAUAAGGCCAUUCGUAAUCACAUUCAAGAAACCAUGCAGAUACUUGAAUCAAAGCAAAAAAUACUAGAACGCACCAAGGGUUCUUCUUUGGCACUUGAAAAUAAAGUAAAGCAACUCAAGAAUCAAGCCAUGACAUCGCGAGCUCAGCUGGAGGAUCUAAGAAAAAGGGAACAAGUAAUACAACAUGAUCGAGAUAGCGCUUUAAAAGAAAAAAGGCACCUUGAGUAUCAGCAGUUUUUGUUGAGAGAUUCAGUAAAACAAUUGAGAGCUCGUUGCGACCGCGAAGCUGCACUUUUGAAAAAGGAUUAUGGACUUUUGAUUGAACAAAUUAAUUAUAUCAAAGAAAAGAGCGAAUGCACCAUGGAACUUAUAGAAAUCAAGCUCUUGAAGCGUCGACAGACGAUGGAACAUUUAGCCAACACCAAGGAACAAUUCAAAUUGAAUACAGAAGGGUUUGUUCAUCAAGUCAGGGUGCAACUGCAGGCAUUAAAAACGGAGAUUGAAAGAUCUGCAUUAUUACCCUCUAAAGAUUGUACAACGACGACGACAACGACUACAGUGGAUGCUGCCUUGCAGUGUCAUCAAGACGUAAGACAUCUUGUAACAAGAAUAAAAACAGUUGCUGCAGAAAUAGUUGCCUCUGGAGAGCAACUGUAAUUUAUAAAAUACUCAUAUCUCUUUUAUUUAAUGCACUUUCUUUUUUUCUAUCCUUGUUUUUCUCCUAUUUUUUCUAACUAUAAAAAAAGUAUAUUUUGGUCAAAUAAAAAAUGAAGCAUUUGUUUCUUAU